AUGUAUUUCUACAGCCAUCUGAUCUGGAUCGGAUUCGUUAUCUUCUUCUCCGUCAUCGUCUUCAUCAUCCGGGCGAGGCGCGCCGCCGCCAUCGCCUCAGCCGCUGCAAGCAAACCCCACUCGUCCGUGGUCGUCAUCGAGCCAGCCUCUAUCCCUAUGCACGCUUAUCAAGCCCCAGUACCUGCACAGUUUAACCACUACCAGGCUCAUCCUCAAGGAUUUGCCCCUAACCCUAUGCAGUUCCAGCAACAGCAACAACAACAACAACAGCAGCAGUUCUACCCUCCCCUUGGACAGCAAAACCCCUAUACCCAGCCACAGCAAUCGCCCUAUAUCCCACAGCAACAAUCGCCUUAUAUUCAACUACAACAGGCACCCUAUCCCCAACAAAUGCCUUUUGCCCAGCAGCAGCAGCAGCAGCAACAACAACAACAACAACAAGCUCAGCCGUUGCAGACCAAUUUGCAGGCAGCUCCCUUCUCCCCAAGCAUAAUGUCUCCACCCCCCAUGUAUUCGGCAGCAACCUCAGCCCCGGAUGCGACCUACCCUGCCCUUCAGCCUGCUCCUCCGGUCGCAUUCGCCAUUGGGUCGACGGGCACGUCAAACGCAGUCAAUAAGGGAGGAAUGACACCUUCGGACGCUAUCACGGUCGACCCCAAGUCUUGGCAACCCUCGCCCUAUCCCGUUGGAGACGGAAGCACAGCCGGCACGGCUGCCACGCCGCGGCAACCCCAAGCGCCUCAGGCACUGACAUAG